GGGGCCGGCGCAGUUUGGGUCCAGGCCGCAGUCAUGGCGGCCCCGUCGGGCUCAGCGCACCUGCGACGCUGCAUGGUUUCGCCGGCUGGGAGGCACAGCGCCUCGCUGAUCUUUCUGCAUGGCUCAGGUGAUUCUGGACAAGGAUUGAGAACGUGGAUCAAGCAAGUUUUAAACCAAGAUUUAACAUUCCAGCACAUAAAGGUUAUCUAUCCAACAGCUCCUCCCAGGCCAUAUACUCCUUUGAAAGGAGGAAUCUCCAAUGUAUGGUUUGACAGACUUAAAAUAUCAAAUGACUGCCCAGAGCACCUUGAAUCAAUUGAUGUAAUGUGCCAGGUGCUUACAGAUUUGAUUGAUGAUGAAGUAAAAACUGGCAUCAAGAAGAACAGAAUAUUAGUAGGAGGAUUUUCUAUGGGAGGGUGCAUGGCAAUGCAUUUAGCAUAUAGAAAUCAUCAAGAUGUGGCAGGAGUAUUUGCUCUUUCUAGUUUUCUGAAUAAAACAUCUGCUGUUUACCAGGCUCUUCAGAAAAGUGACGGUGUUCUUCCUGAAUUAUUUCAGUGUCACGGUACUGCAGAUGAGUUAGUUCUGCAUUCUUGGGGUGAAGAGACAAAUUCAAUGUUAAAAUCUCUAGGAGUGAGCACGAAGUUUCAUAGCUUCCCAGGUGUUUACCAUGAGUUAAGCAAAGAGGAGCUAGAGAAACUAAAGUCAUGGAUUCUUACAAAGCUACCGGACUAAAUCAAGAUUGAUGUGUUAAUAUACAAGUAGUGUCUUUAUGAAAAGUGUUUUUUACUGUCUAGUUCUGAUUUGAUGAAUAAUUAUUAAAAUAUUAAGAAAUAUCAACAGUUUACUUACUUGUUUUUGACAUACUGAGCACCAUAGAUAGGAGUGCGAUCUUAUUAAUGGUCAACAUUAAUUUAGGCAAACAUCUGUGUAUUAUUUGUCAAAUUCUUUGUAAAUAUUUGGAGGCCUUGUAAGUAAUUGAAUAUUGAAAUGUGUGUGUGUGCUCAGUCAGUUGUGUCCAGCUCUUUGUCAUGCUUAUGGGAUUCUCCAGGCAAGAAUACUGAAGUGAGUUGCCAUUUCUUCCUCCAGGGGAUCUUCCCAACCCAGGGAUCGAACCCGUAGCUCCUACGAUGGCAGGCAGAUUUUUUUACCACUGAGCCAACAGGGAAGCCCAAAUAACAUUGUACCCCAUGUUUACAGAGUGGUUUCCCAUUAUCUCACCUGAUCAUCACUAGAGCUUGAUGAAGUAAACAGAACCAGUUGUUACUGGUAUUUGAUAAUAGUGAUAGAAGGAAUACAGACUUUCCCAAAGCCUCAGGAGCGAAGACUAAAAUCCAGGCUAUCUGGUCUCAACAGAGCUCCCCUUCUGUGAACCCAGACUGCUGCUCUGCUCCAGGCCUAGGGUUCCAGUCGCUCUCCAGAUCCUAGUCAGCACUCAGUAUGGCCAGUCCUUUUCAAAGAUUUUGUCCAUUCUAGUGGGUAUAUAGUAUAACACUUUGUGUUUCUAAUUUGCUUUUUCUUAAAGCAAUUUUUAUAUGCUCAUUUGCAAUCUAUAUAAAUUGUUUGAUGAUAUCUUUGUUCAGAUCUUUCAUGUGAGUUCUAUUAGGCUGUUUUUCUUAUUGCGCUGUAAGAGCUGUUUAUAUAUGCUGGAUAAAAAUCCUUUGUUAGAUAGAUGUUUAACCAAUAUUUUCUUAAUUCAUGGCUUGCCUUAUUUAGAGUGUAAUUCAAAGAGCAGAAGUUUUUAAUUUGAUGAAGUCCAGUUUAUUCAUUUUUUAAAAUUUAUACUCUGUGCUUUUGAAGUCAUAUUUAAGCAAUCUUAGGAAAGCCAAGGUCACUAAAAUUUUCUCUUAUUUUCUUCAACUAAAACACUCCUUUAGUGCUAUAAAUCUUCCAAGUUUUAUAUUAGAAGCAUCCCACAAUUUUUAUAUUUUGUGUUUUCACUUUCAUUCAGGUCAAAUCUUUCUAAAUUCCCUUUUGAUUUCUUCUUUGACCUUUGGGUUGUUUAACAUUGUGUUAUUUUGUCUCAAUAUACUGGGAAUUUUCUACAGAUCUUUGCUGUUCAUUUCUAAUGUAUGGUUAAGAAAGUAUUCUUUAUAUGAAUUGAAACCUUUUAAAUUCAUUGUGCCUUUUUUUAUAGCCGAGAAUAUGGUCUGUCUUGGUAAAUGUUUUGUGUACCCCUGAAAGCAGUACAUGCUGCUCAGGUUAGGUGGCAUGUUCUAUACAUACCAGUCAGGUCAAGUUGGUUGAUAUUUUUGUUCAAAUAUACUGUAUCCUUACCUAUUUUCUGCCUCUUUAUUUUAUAAAUUAUUGAGAGAGGAGGAUUGAAAGUUCCUACUGUAACUGUGAAUUUGUUUCACUUGGCAGUUGCUUCAGGUUUUGCUUUAUGUAUUUUGAGACUGUGUUCUUAAAUGCAUAAACAUGUAAUGUUUAUGUUCCUCUGAUGAA